AUGGGACGGAAUGAGGAUGAAUACGUCACUUACACCAUCGUGACGUGCCAAGAAAGUGCGACUUCACCAGCUGACGUCGCCACAAUGAAGAUAAAGCGCUUUCGCGGUGGUUCAUCGAAGGACUGGCUCACAUGGAGCAUGCAGUUUCGAAGCCUCGCGAAACGAAAAGGCUGGAGAGCUGACCAACUAUCCGUUCAACUUCUUACGCUGAUUGACGGUGAUCUGUUGCGCGAAGUAGAGCGCAUUGCCAGCGAUGCUUCCAGCAAAGGCCUGACAUUUGAAGACUUUUACCGGGAGGUUGGACUUCUUCUGGUCCCAGCGGAUUACUGUGAAGACCUGGAUGAAGAACUAUGGACACUCACCAAGCGCAGAGAAGAGACGGUACAACGCUGCGCGGCACGGCUAAGACAGCUUGCACAGAUGUACGCCGAGUUGCCCCAGGAUUCGCAAACCAUCUCAGAGCUUCAACAAUGUCGAUAUUUUCGCCGCGCCAUGCCGCCGCACUGGCAGGACAAGCUCGCGUGCUGCGGAAUUUCGUAUGAGACGGUGAACGAACUGGCGAUGUAUUUCGAGCGCCUCGAAAGGCGCGAGAGGCAGACUGGCCGGGAUCGCCUAAAUGGUCCAGCUACCCAGGGUGGUGAAAGGGUCAAGGUCGACGCGACCAACAACGCCCUACCGCUGACCAGCGCAGAGAUCGGCGCAACCCUCGCGAGCAUCGCGACACGCGUCAAGAUCAUCGAGACCGACCUGGUCUCGCACGAUUCCAGCGAAUGCUUUGCCCUCAAGAAGCAACGCGAAGAGCACAAGCCUGCCGAGACGAAACGAACUGCUCACAAAAAGAGUAAUUACCCAAGAUUCGAAGAGGAAGAGGCAAGCGACAGUGACAGCGACAGCGAGCUUAAGCUUGUCGGCCUUGUCAAGAAGAAGCAACCGAGCGCCAAGCUCGCCCCACUCCGGAUCCCGGUACAAUUCAAAGACGCGAGUGGCACCUUCAAUGCCCUGCUAGACAGUGGUGCUUCGCGGAGCAUAAUCAACCAAGAAACUAUGCGAGCCAAUGCUCAGCUUGGGCAUAGACAAGUCGAGUCGGCGACAAAGUUUCAGACGGUCAACGGAGAAGUCGCUAGUGCUGGUAGUACGAUUGUACAGUUCCGCUUUCCGUCUCUCCAGCCUUCGACCAUAAUCACGCACAAGUUCGAAAUUCUGGAUCAGAGCCAGGAUGCCAUGGUGAUCGGUCGUGAUAUCCUGAAUGAACUAGGAAUCGUGCUCAAUUUUAAAGACAAACUGGUUCAGUGGGAUGGUCACGAUACACAUUUAAACACCGGCGGGUCAUCGUCUCCCAACGCAAGUGAUUAUGAAUUCCCCGAAGAGAGCAAAGAAGUCGAUAACACUGCAGUGCGACCAGAAGACCUCAUGCCAGACAGGCUAUCCAAGCCACUCGUCGGCAAAUAUCUCCAGCUUCUUCGCGAUAACGAGCAUCUCUAUGACGGUCACUUGGGGAGGAUGAGAUUCGAAGACUACGCUCUACCAAUAGUGCCGGAGUACAAGCCUGUACACGCAAAACCUUAUCCAGUCCCAAGAAGCCUCGAAAACAAGGCUCGAGAGCUCAUCCAGCAUUUGGUCAGCAUCGACGUGCUGGAGCAGAUUUUUGAUUCAGAAAUGGCAUCGCCUGCUUUUUUUCUCAAGAAGCCCAACGGAUCACUUCGUCUACUGAUAGAUUUUCGCGGACUCAACCGAUAUCUGAAACGCAGCCCUUAUUACGUCCCACGUAUACGCGAGAUCCUGUUGCGUCUCGCAGGAGCCAAGUAUCUGUCAACAUUCGAUGCUAAUAUGGGGUAUUACGCGCGUCGCCUUGCUGUAUGA